GACCAACUGUUUGGUCAAAGCGUUGUCUGUAUUGCGAGGAAAAAACAUAAACAAAACAAUCAUUGAUUUCGCGAUUAAAUUGUGACCACAAUUAUAGCGUCGAUUCGCAGAGCAAUGAGCGGUCGAUACGCGGAACGGAUGCGUCGAUUGAGUGGUCGUAUAUUCGGUGACUACACGCGCCCUCCGGUGCCGAAGCAGAUCCAAAAGCCGCGAAUGCAUUGCCGCAAAGAGAGGGACGCCUUCCAGUCGUAUCACUACCGCAAUGAGUUAGUGGUGCAGAGGCUGUCGGCACUGCCCAUGGACUUAGACCCGCAGCGCAAUCAUCUGUAUUAUCCGCCGCAUCCGCAACACUAUCGGCUCAUUAAUACUCUCCGAGAGUUAGGACUUUUCCGUGACGAACACUUGGACUUUAAGGACGAGAUUAGGCGCCAGAAGACGCUGAGAGGGAAACGCGUUUUUGGCAAAUACUCGAAAGAUUACAAUAAAUAGUCAUUUGUUUGUCAUAUUUAGGAGUUUUUAAAACACAUGAUUCGCAGA